GGCAUAACUAAAAAAAGAGCGAAAAACACCAAAGAACGUCAGAGUUGCCGUUCAUUUACCGCGCUUUUGGCCUACAGCAAACAAAAAAAUACACCCAACAUCAAUGGGGCACUCGAACUAGCAUCAACUAAAAGCAUAAACGACGUAUCGUCAAGACAAGCUAAUCGCCGAAAAAGAAGGCGUGUGGACUGAGUUUUCCAAGGUGAAACCGUAUCAUUAACCGCUGUGGCUAAUUACAUCCCACUUGACCGCGCUCGAAUCGAAACAGGAAAGAAGACAAGACAAAAUGUACAAGAGAGUCAUCACAAGUCUGGAGAAGAAGUUCCCACUCUCAUUGGCGGAAUCAUGGGACAACGUUGGUCUUCUUGUCCCAUCUGCGACUACAGCAACGCAAACAGCAUCUUCCUCAGGGAAAGUCCUCCUCACCGUGGAUUUGACUACGAGUGUUGUUGAUGAAGCUGUGGAGAAGAGUGUUGGACUUAUCGUUGCGUAUCACCCUUUCAUAUUCAAAGGAAUCAAAUCGAUUAACCUACAGAAUCCACAGCAUGUUUCUCUUCUAAAGCUAAUCCAGGCGGGGAUUCAAGUCUAUUGCCCACAUACUGCUAUUGAUGCCGCUAGAGGAGGCGUAAACGAUUGGUUGGUGAAAGGCAUCACUGAAGAUGGUAACAUCGUUUCAAAUGAGGUUAUUGAUCCUUCGAAGAUAGAUCCUAACUCAGGAUGUGGACGUAUUGUGAAGUUGAACUCUCCAAUAGCUCUGGAGAGCUGGUUGCCAUCUUUCCAAAAACAUUUAGGCGUUGGUAACCUUUUGUUGGCUACAAAGUCAAGGGACGUGCAAUUUCAAUCUGUUGCGGUAUGUGCUGGUUCAGGUGCUGGUGUCUUUGCAGCACUUAAAGAGGACGCAGACCUUUACAUCACUGGUGAGCUUUCCCAUCAUGAGGCUCUUAUGUUGAAAGAAAAAGGCAAGAUUGUCGUUUGCGCACGUCAUAGUGCGACGGAGCGUGGGUUUUUAAGAGAGCUCGCAGAGUAUAUUGAGGCUGAAGUUGACGAAGUUGAAGUUAUUAUCUCCUCUGAGGACUGUGAUCCUUUCGAAUUUGCAUCUUAAUGGGAUCAACUGCACAGAUCAUGCGACAGCUUUGUGCUCUGCGUUGACCAGGAGGGCGGAUCUUAUCUGAAGUUACCCUCACCUCACAGGUGGAUUAUUGCAACUUGUGCAUCUUACUGAACAUUCGGCUGCCGUAUUUAUCAAGAUCCAACGGUAAUUUGUACGCUGCAGUCACACAUUGUAUCUUAGAUAUGGAUAGACGUUCACUUUUAGCUGCCUUUAAAAUUAUGAUACGCAUACAACCACAC